GCCUUCGAGUUUUGUACCCACUGCUCCUAGCCGGAAUCAGGAACCAUGGCCCGCCUUUUCGUAGCCUGCGUGCUCGCCGUGUUGGCGGCCUGCUGCGUGGACGCAGUCCAGCGGAGCGUAACCCGGGACGCCUUCAGCGGAGGACUCGGAUCAAGUUCGAGCUUUGGUGGUGCUGGCGGCUCUGGAUAUGGCCUCGGUUGGGGAAGUCCCGGCUACGGUAGUUACGGCUAUGGUGUUUACGGCUACCCUGGUUACGGAGGCUAUGGCGGCUAUGGCAGCUAUGGCGGGUAUGGCGGCUAUGGCGGUUAUGGUGGCUAUGGCGGCUGGGGAGGCUACCCUCAGCAGUGGCAACAGCAGCAGCAGUUCUUUUAGUCGCAAAUACCAUGCUGAAAAAGAAGACAUGCUGGCAGGAAGACCAUUAUUUCAUAAUAAAGAACCGGCAACGAUGUACUCAGAAUAAAAAAAAAACACCGUUUUCCCUUC